AUGCAUUCACGUUUCGUUCUCAAUGCUCGUCCAGAUCGGAGGUGGUACCUACCCGGUGAUACCGUACGGUGUGAGGUGUCUAUCGAGCAAUAUCCCCUCAACACUUCCACUCAAAGACAUGCAGCUUCAUCGUUAACAGCACAUUCAAAUGUAUUUUCUUCAGUCUACAAUGAUUUCUUUGGAGAAUCCACAGAUUAUGUUAAAUGGGUAUUGGAUGCGUUAGAGCUGCGCGCAGGAGGGUAUUGCAGGAUGGAUCCAGAAUGGUUUUCCAGUGAUUUGUUCCGAACCUCAUCAAACGCGUUGCAACGUUCAUCUAUUAGCACAUCGUUAUCUCUGCCAAACCACAUAGAAGCAAACCCUCAGCAGUCUCUUUUGGGUAUGGUUCUCUCCAUGAUAAAACGCAGCAACACAGAAACACGUUUAUCGCUCGAAUACACCUUGUUUGAAUCGCCUAUUUGGACUAUUGCUCAGUCUAUUCCUAAUAAUCCAGAAAGACGUCUUUGUUUCUCCUUUUCGCUCCGUCUUCCAGACGAGUUGCCACCAUCCUUUGAGGGCACUCACGCUAAAAUAGAGUACUUGCUUUCUAUAACCACCAAAUGGCGAUGCGAGGGAAAUACUUGGGAUGAUAAGCUUGCAACGCUCAUAGUAUCAAUUCGUGUUUUUUGCAUGGCGGCAAUGACUUCUACGAUUUUUAUCACAUCUAUCUUUCCCCUUCGCGUCGAUCAUCCACUUGUGGAUGAAAAUUACGGCUUUGAAUGUUCCCCUUUGAUCCAAACAACAACUUCCGGUAAUAACACCGCGGAGCCAUUGCAUUCGACGAGGAUAGUUGAAGGCGGGCGGAGUAGGAAGAAGCCGCCAGAUUGGUAUGCUCUCAAAUUAGAACGGCAGACCAUUAAGGGGGAACCUAGAAGCCUGAGAAGGUUUGAGUUUACACCCCCUAACAGCAAUCGUGAGCCUGUUCAGCUUAUUUUGCACUCCGCAAAGGUAGCUGUUGGCUCCUCCGUGCUCGGCGUGUUCAGCCAUAACAUAUUGGCAAGAGCGGAUCUGUUGGUGGCAGGGGAAUCUAGGCUCGUUCCCCUCUUAGCUCAUGUUUCACUUCAGUUUCUGGAGUGCGGCAAUGAGUAUAGCAUGUGGCAAGAGAAGAAAUUUGAAAAAGCUUAUGGGGUAGAUAAUUUGGGCAUCAUUCGUUGCCACAUAUUAGCUGAAGAGCGGCUUCUUCUCUUAGACUCCCCAAACGCGUCCUUCACGUUUCAUUUAACUGUGGAGAACAUCCCCGGCGCGACUUUCUUCACAGACAUCGUCUCUGCUAUGUGGCAUAUUCGCGUGCAAGUGGUAUGGGGGAUUCAUGACAAUACGCGAAACGCAAAGGUGAAAAGCGACGAGAAAACACUUGACGGCAGAGUCGUGGAGGCUGUGAUUCCUAUCAUUGUAGAGCCCCCACCCGUCCCUCUUGAAUCCCGCUACAAACUCAUUGUGUGA